GCGGACCCCCUCCUGCGGCACACGGGAAGACCGGCCCGAUGCGGCGCGCCCCCGUCCAACCCCCUCCUCCCACCUCGCUUCCCUCUCCCUCCUUCCUUCCCUCCUCUCCUCUCUCCUCUCUUCUUUCCCCUCCCCGCACACGCGAGCGCGCGCGCGCCACAACACCCCACCUCACCGGGGCCUAUAGCUAUACGCUUCUUCCUCCUACCCCAAAGCCCGCCGCUUCUUGCAGCCGCUCGCGUCUCGUGGGCGCGCUCUUUCUAGCUGUCUUGCGCUGGGGCCGAGGGUUCGUGGUUCGGAAGGUUUUUUUUUUUUUUUUUUAAUCUUGAGAUGGCGGCGGCACCGGCGAUCUGCGCGGAGGACGAGGCGCCGCGCGCGGAGGCGGAAUGCGCGGGCGGCGGGAUCGAGAAGCCGGAUCUUGUCGGCGGCAAGAGGAGCGUGUACCUGAUGGACUGCGCGCCGGUCUGGGGCUGCGCCGCGACGUGCGGCCGCAGCGCGGAGAUGGAGGACGCGUACGCGGCCGCCCCGCGGUUCGCCGACGUGCCGGUGCGCCUGCUCGCCAGCCGCCGGGACCUCGACGGGCUGGGCCUCGACGCCGACGCGCUCCGGCUGCCCGCACAUCUGUUCGGCGUGUUCGACGGCCACGGCGGCGCCGAGGUGGCGAACUAUUGCCGGGAAAGGCUCCGUGUCCUCUUGAGCAAGGAGCUGAGGCGGCUCGGCAAGGAUCUGGGGGAGAUGAGCGAGCUGGACAUGAAGGAGCACUGGGACGAGCUGUUCAGUAAAUGUUUCCAGAGGGUAGAUGACGAGGUGUCAGGACGAGCGAGCAGGCUCAUCGAUGGCGUUGAGCAGUCCCGACCGGUUGCCCCGGAGAACGUUGGCUCAACGGCGGUUGUCGUAGUCGUCUGCUCCUCUCAUGUGGUGGUCGCCAACUGUGGAGAUUCACGUGCCGUGCUCUGUCGCAGGAAGGAGCCCGUGCCGUUGUCAAUUGAUCAUAAGCCUGACAGGAAGGAUGAGCGAGCGAGGAUUGAGGUCCAGGGAGGCAAGGUCAUCCAAUGGAACGGUUACCGGGUGUCCGGUAUACUUGCUAUGUCACGAUCAAUCGGGGACCGAUAUUUGAAGCCAUUCAUCAUCCCCAAACCGGAAGUUACAGUUGUUCCUAGGGCCAAAGAUGAUGACUGCCUCAUUAUUGCAAGUGAUGGGCUGUGGGACGUCGUGUCAAAUGAAGAUGCAUGCAAAGUUGCACGGCGACAGAUCCAGCUGUGGCACAAGAACAAUGGUAUUGCAGCAUCAUUGCCUGAUGGGCGUGAUGGAUCCACCGAUCCUGCUGCACAAGCAGCUGCCGAUUAUCUUAUGAGGCUGGCGCUAAAGAAAAGUAGCGAGGACAACAUCACCGUCAUUGUGGUCGACUUGAAACCUCGAAAGAAGCUCAAGAACAACUCAUAACAUGGCCUGGAUUCAUCUGAGUAGCUGACCAUGAUCUGUCCAAAAGAGUUCAUACUGCUAGUCAGUCUUCGUCAUAGAUACUUGACCCACCCUUUUUGCGUUGGGCUUCAAGAAUUGUUCAUGUAUAUGCUUGAUACAUUUUCCAUGUAGGGGGUUAUGAUGUUUACCCCCAUUCUGGAUUCGGGUGGUUAAAAUGUUGAGUAAGCUUCAGCCUUGAGCCCUGGCAUUUAGUGUCCCAUGCAAUGUUGUAUAAUAGACGAACUUGUAAAGAGCCAAGCGGCUGAGACGGCCACCAAAAUUAACAUAUUGUUGGUACCUUAAUGAUUCAAAGCUUACUCAACUGGCUGCAUCCAAUGAAAUUUUGUAUUGCGAGUCC